AUGGUCACUUUGACUAAAUUGGAAAGAAUUAAGAAAGAGGAAAAGGCUAAGGAGUUCAAGCCUUUACUCGAUGAGCUCACAAAUUGCUCAGAUGGUGAGUUCGUCCAAAAGUUGGGCCGAAUUGUGGUUUGGGACAGGUCAAGAGAUGAUCUGUACACAUGGAUUCCGGUUUUGAACAGGAUUGACGAUCUUUUAAACAAGAUCCUGGAUCGAUACUCGUAUAAAAGCUCCAAUCGCAAGAAGGAACCGGUGAAAUUGCUGUUGAUGAGCCCUGAAGAUGAAACCGUAGCUAAAGAACUGCUAUGGUUCAGUUGUCGUCUACUUAAUAAUACAUGCAACCGUUCCUUAUACUCUUCUCUUGACGUCAUGAGUUAUCUACUCAACUGUCCUAACUACAAAGUUAAGCUAGGGGCAAUGAAGGUCAUCGCAGUAAUGGGCGAACAGCAAGUCAUAUCUCGUCAAAAGAUCGAUAACAAAAACUUGCUGGGGAACAAGGAUCUCAAAAGAAAAGCCCUUGAUUUGGCUCUGGCCCUUCCUUCUUCUACAACGGAUGACAGUAUGGAUCACUAUUCUCUGGUGGAUAUUUACCUGAGUGAUAAAAAAUACCCUUCAAAGUGGUCAAAACUACACUUCAGUUACUACACGGUCGCCUCCAAAGCAAAUGCAUCUACCAAACCAGGAAGCGGUUCAUUGAAGCAGUUUACCAUGGAUUCGGAAGAACUUGUCGAACUGUCUCUUCAGCAAGUGUUCGACAAGGGUAUGGCUGAAGUUCCGUCUGAGAAAUGGUUGGAUUUUUCUCUGCGAGCAUCUAUCGCUAAAGCAUUUUGUGAGAGUACAACAGAAAGUUUGGAUCUAAGAAACGACAUAGUUCAGGCGAAAUUCAAUGCCAUGGCCUUUGUGAAUGCUGUCUAUAUUCCAGCACAGGUCAGCUCUCAAUUGUUCGAAGUUGAUCCAUAUGCCUUCAACAAUCUAACAGAUUUCAUUUCUUUAUCUGAACGAAGGCUACCGAAAGACCUGCGGAUGGAUGCGCUUUUUUGUCUUGAAUGCGUCUCUCUCAAACAUAUUUGGUGUUCUGAUAUAGUGAGAAACUUGGGUGGUAAUAUGUCGCAUGGCCUUCUUUUCCAAAUUCUAAGGUACAUUGCCAAAUUACUGAGGGAUAAAAAUAGUGACGAGUUGGAUGAAGAGUACAAUGUUCGCUUUUUUUAUUUGGUCUCCAAUCUAGCUGAUGUAAAGUCUCUUCAAGAGUCCUUGCUCACAGCAGGCUUGAUUCCAAACUUACUAGAAAUAAUAUCUAUUAAGGACUCCUCGUUCAAGAGAACUUUGGCAUCAGCAACUCAUCUUUUAGAAGUUUUCAUAGAUGAUGCUGACGCUACCACUGAAUUUAUUUCCAACAAUGGGUUUACGAUAUUGAUUGAGUGCAUCAAUGAGGAAGUGAACUUUGCCUUAGAACAUCCUGAAUUUGGAGAACCACCGAAAUAUCCAGUCGUAUACUAUUCGAUCUCUUUCCGACAGCUGGGCUAUAUCAGAAGCUUGUUGAAGCUCGUGCUAAAACUUCUGAAAACAGAUUCAGGUGACCGGAUCAGAAAUCUCAUAGAUUCUCCUAUUCUGUUCGCUUUGAACAAAAUUUUGGAAAAUCGGCCUGUAUUUGGAUACACCUUAGUUACCUAUGCACUGGAUGUUGUUCAGACAAUUAUUAAUACUGAGCCCACAAUAUACCCUAUUUUGGUCGAAUCAAAGACGAUUCCUUUCAUCUUUGAGCACUUCGAGGAUUUCUUAGGGCCAUCCGCAGAACUUCUCUCACUUUUGCCUGAGAUAAUUUCGGCUCUCUGUUUGAAUACGGAGGGAUUGAAAGAAGUCAAAGAAAGAAGGCUACUGGAUUACUUGUUCACGAUUAUGAAAACUCCUGGACUGGCAAAAAUCCUCUCGUGGGAGGAUUCUGCGAUUGAUCUGGGGACCUCCAUCGACGAAUUGGCGAGGCACUAUCCUGACCUCAAACCAGUUAUUGAAGAAAAAUUUGCAAACACCAUAAAAGAGCUGCCGAACAUUAUUGAGUUCAAUCAGCCGUAUGUUUACAAAUCUACAACUGGUGGUGGCGAAUUUUAUCGUUCAAAGAAUGACAAAGUCAUUGACCAUGAAGAAAAUGGCUUUGAGAUUGAGGGAGGUGCCGUCGAAUUACCAACUUUGGUAUUAGACUGUUUUUCUGCAGUAUUUUAUGGUUUAACCCUAGAGAACAUAUCAUGGGCCAGCCUUGCUGAUAAAAUUGAUAUUAAAGACAUGUUACAAGUAGUAAUUCAAGAGCGACCACCAUUUGAUUACGUGGGAUCCCAAACGUUACUCAACUUUUCUGAUAUUUUGAAACUCUUCGACGAUGAGCGCAGAAAUUAUGCCCUUCCUGCGUUGCUGACUCUUCUGUCAGAAAAAUUAUCGGAAGUCGAAGACUUCCUGGAGUACAAAUUUGAUCAAUCUUACGUUCUUUCAACAUCUUAUGACAAGCUCGAGGAGACUUUGCGCAAACUUUCAGUGAUAAACGUUAUUCUCUACGUUAUCACCGAUAUUUACAUCAACAUAGCGUCGUUAUUUCCUAUUCGCGUCCUUCAAAUUAUGGAGUACUUUGAGCACGAUGGGCUCAGUCUGAUCUCGAAGCUACGUUUGCUGUUUCAGAGAAGCGCUUUGGAGGAGUUGUAUAUUCGCGAAAGGCUGCCCGAGCAAGUCGCGGGCGAAACCACUGUCCGGCCAAUUGGAAACACCCCUCCUUUGACGCUGUAUACUGAAAAACCCAAAAAAAUUGAUACCAUUCCAACUAAAACAUCUGCAAAGUUCAAAAAUACGCUGCAAGAAAGGCAUCUUUUUGUAAAGAUGCAAUCAUGGGUAUCUAUGCUUUUCCGCUGCUUCUUGAGAAUGAGUCACGCAAGGAAAAUGACAAUAGAAGCACCUGACAGAGCUCUGGAGAUAAGAAUAUUUGAGACGGCGGUGAACGAGAUUGUCAAGAUGAUGGACCUGAGGUAUUUAGAGUCGCACUUAAGCUACUUUUUGGUGAUAUUCAAUUUUAACACGUUUGUGUUCACAUUUCCUAAUGUCACAAAUUCAGUCGGUGGAACGAUUCAGACAAUUCCAGUGUUUUUAUUUUAUCAGGCUCAUGGCUUCAAAAUUUACGUUGAAAGUAUAAAAGUGCUUUUCGCUAAACUUCAAUCUUAUGAGAACGUUGAGAAUAUUGAGAAAUUCGACUAUGUUAAAGACUCUGAGGAUGUGGUUACAGCCAGUGCUAUUAUUAACGCGUUGUCAUUUUUCAAUAAAUCUAUUCAGGUGGAUACAAUGGAAAAUAUCAGAAACACCAAAGAAUACUACCCCUAUGAUGAAGUAUAUUAUAACUUGACUACGGCAAUCAUUGUGCCAAUCAAAAUUUCGGCUCUAGGGCUGGUCGAUGAAGUAACUAAAGAUUUUUCAAUAUUUGAAAACGGCUCUCACAGGCUACCUUACUCCGUUUUCAAGCAGCUUUUGAGCAUGGUUAAAAAUGUUUACAAUAGCCACCUUGAGGGCGAUGAUCACGAAAUAUACGAGCUAAGAUGGGAUUUGAUGCCACCCUCUCACCGAAAGAUAGAAAUGCUAAAGGAAUGCGGCUUAACGGAGGAUAUUGCGAAAGGCUACCUGGAGGAGCAAAAAGAUGACUUGCCUAUUCAUGUGAAGCCCGGCGUUUUUUCUGAGGAUGAGUGGGCUAACUACAAGGCUCUGCGAGAAGCUGGAAAAUGGAAAACAGAUCUUGAAGUGCUUGAGCCCCAGUAUAAAUCGUGUACCACUGUCACUGAUUUGAACAUAUUGCGGUCAGAUUUCUAUUCUGACGGUUUUGUGAAUCGCAUUUUAAGAUUACUUCCCUCAUAUCCUAAGUUGAUAAAUGCAAUAUCACAUAUGGUUUUGCAAAUAUUGAAGGAGGUUGAUGAAUCUCCUGUCCAUAUUGUGGCUAAACUACUGGAUAUGAUGCGCGCCAUCCAACUCGAUAACGCCACUGUCCUUGCUCCCGUAAUUCAUCUUUUUGGGAUACUUUUGAACAAUAAAAUGAUUUACGAAGAAUGUAAUGACCACAUGAAUGAUUUUGUGAUCUAUCUGAAAACUUCACUACGUCCAGAGUACGUCAAUACUGCCUGGUUUUCAAAGGCCCUGUAUGUUUACGAAAUCAUUUUUGCCAAAUCUGAGGCACCGAAGGCAGAGGAGAGUUCGAAAGUUUUCGAAGACAAUUUUCACGUAUCGUGCCCUCCACUUUUUAGUGCCUUUCUUGUCCCAGCUGAAGCCAAGUCUGAAAUUUUUAACUCAUUGGUCCGUGUUCACGAGAUCACCGACUUUUACUCUGCUCUUGCGAUAUCCCGUAUCCUGAUUCUAUACGCUAAGGAUCAACAGUACGCAUAUGAAGUUACUCAGUCUGGUGUGCUGCCAAAAUUGCUGAAAACCAUUGGAGUUUUCCAAAAAUCCGAGAAGAUUAACUAUCUAGAAUCAUCGUUUUUACUGUUGGCAAGACGCUGUUUUGAAAAUACUGACACGGUUAAAAGCCUUGUACAGCAUGAGCUCUCUCGGGCGUUCACCACAAGAGCAAUUGGCGAUCACCGGGAGAAACCUCGAGAACUCGCCGGAUUAAUAUCAGAAAAAGCCAGUAUUGUAAUGCGCGACCCUGAUGUCUUUGUCAACACAAUAUGCGAGACAGCUAGGUUUGAAGAAUUCGAAAGCCCUCAGGUGCUACAAAAUAUGAGCGUUCGCAGAAAUAUGAGUGACCAUGAUGAAGAGAUGAAUGAUGUCAACAGUCAAUCAGAAGAAAAACUCACGUUGAGCAAUAGAACAGGAAUUGUCCACCUACUUCUUUCACAAUUGAUGGCAGCGUUCAAAAAGGACUGGACAUCUGAGCCACCUAGAGAUGAUACAAACGCCGUUGAAGACCCAAAGAAAAAAGAUGAGGUUAAUGUCGGAAGAAAUCCUGUUUGUGCUUACAUGAUAUUUUUGCUGAAGAUCCUCAUCGAACUUAUUGGCAGUUACAAACAAAGCAAGCUUGAGUUUUUGACUUUCAAUAAGAGAAACGUCUAUGUUGAGUCUCCCAAACCAAGAACGACCGCACUAAACUUCAUUCUAUAUCAAUUGCUUGACACCGAGAGCCGCGAUCAGGACAAGUACUACACUGAAAGGAAGGACAUAAUUGGUAAACUUGCUCGCGACCUUGUGGUCGGGUUUUUAUCCUCCGUCCAGGAUCAAGCAACACAGAAGCAAGAUCCUAAAGUCGCUGAUCCGGACUUGACCUACAUCAGGAAGUUCACGAUUGAGUCGGUCGCCAAGGCUCUAAAAGCCGCCACCAAGACACCUAAAACUCUAGAAGCAAAUGUGGGAAAACUUUAUGGUUGGAUGCAUCUUGUGACUUCCUUUUUAAUGACUGAUAGGAGUUAUCUCCACGCCAUCCUGGACUCCAACAAAACCUACGUUGACAAAUAUCAAAUAGGUAAGCUCAUGAUUGAGAUGAAUAUACCAUCAGUCAUAGGGGAAUGCAUGGCAUCGUUGGACUUAAAUUAUCCAUUCUCGAAAAGGCUCUUUAACAAAAGCAUAGAGCCGCUGAACGCAAUGAAUGAAAUCCGAAGCAGAUUUGCCGAAUACUUCAAAGUAGAGAACACGGACGAAGAUGACGACGUAGAGGAUGAAUCCGAUAAAGAGGAAAAUUCCGAUAUGUUUCGAAAUUCGGCUUUAGGAAUGUACGAUGUGGAAGAUAUCGAGGAUGACGAGGAUGACGACGCUUCAUUGAUCGGCGAAGAUGAAGAUAUAGCAUUUGUAGAGGGCGAAGAUGGUGAGAUUGAAGUAGUUUUCAGUGACGAUGAGCACAGCCAUCACCAUCAUCGACAUUCUCUUCACGAUACUGAUGGAUCCGACUCGCGUGAUGGCAGUCAAAGCGAUGACCUCAAUGAUCCUGACGAGAGCAUGGAAUAUGACACGGAGGAUGGUGUCGACAUAGAGAUUGACUCUAGUCAUAGCUCUGUCGAUCAAUCCGCCGAUGACAUUGGUGGGCAUACAGCUCACGAUGACUCUUCUUAUUAUACCGAAGAUGACGACGUUAUGAGCCUCGUAGGUGUAAGCAACGACGUUAGAGGUCAAGUUCUUGAUGUCGGCGCAGAUGGUUCAGAGCUUGAUGAAAGCGACUGGGAGUCUGGCCUUUCCGAGCUCUCCGGAUCUGAUGACGAUAGCUCCGAAGAAAACUUCAAUGACGAUCUCAAUGGCGCGGGCAGGUGGCUAGUGGAUGAGGUCAACAUGGAAGAUGACUCUGAUGAAGAAGGUAGAGGUAUAUUCAGCGGUAUUCAGCACGUAUUUUCCCCGGAGCCGCAGUACUUCCGGAUCCAUGGGCAUGCCGCAGGCCACGGUGGCCACAGGAGUCAACAUCAGCACGGGAAUCGUCGUUCGGAUUUUUCGAUGGUCGCACCAUCAUUAAGUCUCUUGAACGGUGGUAACAGGCGGACCCAGAGCAUUCUAAUGAACCCCUUGGGCCCCUCGGGACUUGAAGAAGUUGAAAAUGGCAUAUUAAAUCAACUUAACAGUGUUGGAAAUACUAGCCGCCUGCGAAAUGAUACAGGAUAUCUCUCGGAUGUCCUUUUUAGCGGAGAAUUUCUCGACGAAAAAUCUUCUGGCAUCGUCCUGAAAUCCACGACAGCCAGGUGGAAUGACAUUUUCGAAAUGUUUUACGACUCCAAAAUUUACGUCAACAAUGUCAUCCCAACAAUUACAGAGAGAAUAUUUCAUCCUAGUUCCGAGCUUUACGUUAAGCAGCGUAAUGAAGCAUUGGAAAAGGACAAAGAGCAAAAAAAGAAACUGGAGGAAGAGACUAAACGUGCUGAAUCGAAGAAGAGGAGAGUCGAGGAAACUAAUGGCAGCGGAUCAGAAGACAGUGGCUCAGAGCGGGAAAACGAGCAAGAAGUUGAAGAAUUGGAACCAAUAAUGGUCGAUAUUGGAGGCGAGCAAGUUAAUAUUGCGGGAACCGACAUUGAUCCUGAAUUCCUUAACGCUUUACCUGAUGAUAUGAGAGCUGAAGUAUUCUCUCAGCAUAUCCGUGAACGCCGCGCAGAAGCUUUGGAGCAAACAGUGGAAUCCCGAGAAAUUGACACUGACUUUUUAGAUUCAAUUCCUGAGAAUUUACGUGAAGAGAUUCUAGAACAAGAAGCUGCUGAAUCAAGGUUUUCUAGGCUGAUGAAUAAUAAUGACAGGGAGCGUGAUGAAAUCCCUGACGAAGAUGAACAAUCUGAUGUGACUGGUGACAAUCGUAUGGGGAAGAAGAAGCCAGGGAAAAUUUAUUUCUCCCCUCUGGUUGACCGCUCGGGUAUUUCAGCCUUAAUGAGGUCGUUAUUCAUAUCUCAACCUUAUCUGGCUCGUGAAGCCUAUCAUGAGCUUUUCUUCCGCCUGUGCUCAAGUAAGCAAAAUCGAAGUGAUAUCAUGAACAUUUUAAUGUUAAUUCUAACUGAAGGUAUUGAUGACAACAAAUCUCUGGAGAAGGUUUACAACUUAAUUUCAAACAAGGCACUGGGAGUUGUGAAGGCAUCUACCAGUCGAGUACUUCCGGUAGAGUGUACACCCUUGAGUGUAGCGAAUCAAACAAUUGAAGUGUUACAAAACCUGAUCGAAACAGAUAGUAGGUUGAAGUUUUUCUUCAUAACAGAACACGAGAAUCUGUUGAUCAACAAAUCGCCUCUUAAGACCAAGAAAGAUCUCUUUGCGGGCAACGUCAAAUGGCCGAUCAACUACCUCUUCAGCCUUUUUGAUAAAAAGAUUAUCACCGACGAAUCUGUGCUCCUUGAUCUGUUGACGCGAAUACUGCAAAUCAUCACCAAACCAAUAACAACGAUAGCUAAAACGGUCAGCGGGGGCUCUCAAAAAAAGUUCACUAUACCGGAUAUUGAAAAAAAGCAUUUGGAGGCUGUGGUUUCCGUGAUCCGGCUUGAUGCAUGUAACACGAAAGUGUUUCAGCAGACGUUAAACAUCAUGACCAAUCUAUCAACAAUCAACUGCGCGCAAGACAUUUUUACAGAGGAGCUCUGUUCGCUUGCCAUAAAAACAGUGGGCGUUUUGGUUCCCGAUCUCGAUGCCCUGAAUGCUGAGAUAAGUGGGGUUGAGAAUGGAACAGAAAUUGAUUAUGAGACAAUACAAAAGUUUACCGCUCACAGUUCUGAUCAAGCAAAACUUUUGAAGGUUUUAACAGCAAUCGACUAUAUUUUUACCAACAAGAAAAAGCCCUCAGAGGUUGCGAUCGACCGUUUGAUGGCGCUUUACGACAAGGUAAAACUGGGUGCCGUCUGGACGUCUUUAGGGUACUGUCUGGAGAAAUUGGAAAAGAGACCGGCAUUAAGCUCUUCCGCUAAUAUACUCUUGCCUUUGAUUGAAUCUCUUAUGGUUGUUUGUAAGCACAGCAAGGUACGGGAUUCUCGUGAGAAUUUAAGAUAUGAAGAAAGAAGUUCGGACUUUAGUGAGAUUGCGGCUGAGAAUACAUUUUUUGCGUUCACUGAUCUGCACAAAAAACUGCUGAAUCAAAUGAUUAGGUCCAAUCCAAAAUUGAUGAGCGGACCAUUCGCUUUGCUAGUCAAAAACCCAAAAAUUCUAGACUUUGACAACAAAAGAUAUUAUUUCAUUGCAAAAGUACGCACAAGUGCCCAAGAAAAGCCUAAACUGUCUAUCUCGGUGAGGCGUGACCAGGUUUUCCUAGAUUCUUAUCGCUCGCUCUUCUUUAAGUCCAACGAAGACAUCAAGAAUUCAAAACUGGAGAUUACUUUCAAAGGCGAAGCUGGCGUUGAUGCUGGCGGCGUCACACGAGAAUGGUAUCAGGUUUUAUCGCGUCAAAUGUUCAACCCAGACUACGCCUUAUUCUUGCCUGUUGCCUCUGAUAAGACUACUUUCCAUCCCAAUCGAACUUCGGGAAUUAAUCCAGAACAUCUUUCCUUUUUUAAAUUCAUUGGUAUGAUUAUCGGUAAAGCUAUUUGUGAUCAGUGCUAUCUGGAUUGCCAUUUCAGCAGAGAAGUUUACAAGAAUAUUCUCAGUAAGCCAGUUGCUCUUAAAGACAUGGAAUCUCUCGACCUUGAUUACUACAAGUCAUUGAUCUGGAUUUUAGAGAAUGAUAUUACAGAUAUCAUUGAAGAAACAUUUUCUGUCGAAACAGACGACUACGGUGAACACAAGACUGUGGACUUAAUUGAAAACGGACGUAGCAUUCUUGUUACAGAAGAGAACAAACAAGAAUACGUGAAGAAAAUCGUAGAGUUCAAACUUCACACGUCAGUUAAAGAGCAAAUGGACAACUUUUUGCUAGGCUUCUACGCCAUCAUUCCAAAGGAUUUGAUUUCUGUAUUUGACGAACAGGAACUGGAAUUAUUAAUUAGCGGGUUGCCUGAUAUCGAUGUUGAUGACUGGAAAAAUAAUACGAAUUACGUCAACUACACGCCCACUUGCAAGCAGAUCAAUUAUUUUUGGAGAGCUGUGCGUUCUUUCGACAGUGAAGAGCGUGCCAAGUUGCUGCAGUUUGUUACAGGAACAAGCAAAGUUCCUUUAAGUGGAUUUAAGGAGUUGACAGGCGUUAAUGGAAUCAGUAAGUUCUCAAUUCAUAGGGAUUACGGCGCCACUGACAGAUUGCCUUCAUCGCACACGUGCUUCAACCAACUCGAUCUGCCAGCGUAUGACUCAUAUGAAACCCUGAGGGGCUCUCUUCUGUUGGCUAUCAACGAGGGACAUGAAGGUUUCGGAAUAGCUUAA